AAUGCCAUAAAAAGGAAGGAAGGAAGGAAGGAGAAGAAUUCUGUGAAGGUCCCAAGAAUUGGUGAUACAAUGCAACGCCAAACCCUUCUACGAUAUGCUUCAUCGACCACCACCGAUCUCAUCCAACAGUAUCUGGAUGAGAACAACCGCUUGAUCAUUGCGAUAGUCGAUGGCCAGAAUCCGGGGAAUCUGGAGGAUUCUAUUCGAAAUAUUAAAAAAUUUCAAGAAAAUCUCGCUUUCCUCAUCGAUCUUGCAGAUAGUCAACCACUUCGAUUGCCGAUCACUGCUCAGUGUCCUAUCAAUAGAUUUGUACGACCGGGCUCUGCAUAUGUGCAACCCCAGCAAGCUCAGCAGUAUCCCAUCAAUGGCGUCUGGCAACCGAUCUUUCAGUUAAUCCAACCCCAGCAAGCUCCACAAUAUCCUCCCAGUACUACCAUGCAACAAGAUGCUCAGUUCAUGCAGAGUGAGCAAGCUCAACAGAUGAAUUCUCAAUUCUCGACAGUUUUCCAAGCCAUAAUGUUGCAUGAUCAGAUAUACAAAUCUCAACUGGCACAACAGAUAAUGCUUCAAGAUCAGAUAUCUCAACCCCAUAUGACCCAGACAACACUGCUACAUGGCCAUAUAUACCAAUCCCAAUUAGCUCAACCAAUAAUGCUACAUGAUCAAAUAUCACAACCCCGAUUAGGUCAACCCAUAAUGCUGCAUGAUCAGAUACCCCAACCCCAGUCAGCCCAACCAGAAAUGCCACAUGACCAGAUUUCCGAAACCCAACAUAUGGAAGAAGCACCAUUGCUCGGUCAGAUGGAGAGUAGCUCAGGUGGAACUGAUGGAAACAUGCUGCAAGGUCAGACCGUGGCAGACCAUGGGAUGCUGACCGUAGGAGCCUUUCCCAGUGUUGUCAGCAGCAGUGGAAGAGGAAAUAUACUACCUGAAACUUUAUUAUCAGCUCAUACACAAAGUGACAGAUUUGUAGUUGAUCCUGUAACCAUGCCUCUCUACCUGUCAAACUCUGGACAAGAAGGGAAUUGGGAUGUCGGCAGUGGCUGAAUGAUGCUCUUACAAGCUUCUUGAGACAAAUAAUGAUGCUACAAGCUAAACAAAAAUAUCAUCUAGUUGAUUGCUGCUUGGAAAAUGGAAAAUAUUCUCCGGAACUCUUGUGAAUUUUGCUUCAAACAUGGUGAUUAUUUUGAUCAUCGUGAUACAUGUAUUCAUGUGGAUUUGCAGAUCAUAUGA